CGCAACCGAGCUCCUGGGGCGGUGCUGCUCAAUCCGGGUAUCCGGCGGUCUGUGGCUGUUUUGUUUUCUUGGCUAGAACUGGGAAAGUGAGGCGGCCCGGCGCGGCGCGACACCGGGCUCUGGACCGACUGCACGCGCGGGGCUGGACUGACCUGAAAAAAAUGUCUGGAUUUCUAGAAGGCUUGAGAUGCUCAGAAUGCAUUGAUUGGGGGGAAAAGCGCAAUACUAUUGCUUCCAUUGCUGCUGGCAUCCUAUUUUUUACAGGCUGGUGGAUUAUCAUAGAUGCAGCUGUCAUUUAUCCCCACAUGAAAGAGUUCAACCACUCCUACCAUGCCUGUGGUGUUAUAGCAACCAUAGCCUUCCUAAUGAUUAAUGCAGUAUCGAAUGGACAAGUACGAGGUGAUAGUUACAGUGAAGGUUGCCUGGGUCAAACAGGUGCUCGCAUUUGGCUGUUCAUUGGUUUCAUGUUGGCCUUUGGCUCUCUGAUCGCAUCUAUGUGGAUUCUUUUUGGAGGGUAUGUUGCUAAAGAAAAGGCCAUAGUAUACCCUGGAAUUGCUGUAUUUUUCCAAAAUGCCUUCAUCUUUUUUGGAGGACUCAUUUUUAAGUUUGGCCGCACUGAAGACUUGUGGCAGUGAAAACAUCUGAUUUAUUACUGCAGAGAAGUCCUGCAUGGGUUUGGUUUUUUUUUUUCACUACUCACUCCCAGUCUUUUGUAAUGCCAUUUUCUAAACUUCUUUCUGAGUGUAGUCUCAACUUAAAUUUGUAUAAUACUAAAAUCAUGAGAACUCCCUAUUUAAACAACAACAACAGCAAAAUCUAUUGUGGUAUGCGUUUGAUUAACUCGUAAAAUGUUAAAGAAAAAUAUUUCACAUGAGAAAUUUUUUUUACGUUUUAUCAUGGUAUAAUUUGUAAAAAUAAAAAUAAAUCACAAAAGAAAUUAUGGAAGCAUCUUAUAUGAGUAUUUGUCAUAUCCAAGGUACAAAACUGCAGUUAAAGUGCUCAGAAGAUUUAA